AUGUUAUCGAUAACAGUGUUUUUGUGCAGUUUUCUUGGUGUCAUUUAUUCUAACAACGCAGCUUCAGUAACAAAAUGUCAAGCCAGCGAUUCUAGUUGCAUCAAGCAAUCUGCUCAAGCAUUGCUUCCGUUGCUAGCGAAAGGCAAACUAGCACCAGAGCUGAGAACUCUGGACCCGCUCCAUAUAGAGAAGAUUGACGCGACCCAACAGAACUUGCAGUUGAUCGCUCGAGAUAUUACAGUCAAGGGCUUGAAGGAAUGCACCGUUGAUAGUAUUUCGCGAGAUGGGGCCAAAUCAAAAUUGAACGUAAACAUACUCUGCACAGUAGUGGUCGAAGGGGAGUAUGACGUUAAAGGCAAAAUUUUGGUGUUGAAACUGGACGGACAAGGACACUUGAUUGUUAAACUGACCAAAGUCCUCAUGUCAGUCGAAGCAGACCUGGAGGAAAUUGAAAAAUCCGGAAAGAAAUACUGGAAUAUUAAGAAUUGGGACUCCUCCUACACUAUAAAGGAAAAAGCCAAUAUUGAACUCACUAACCUCUUCAAUGGCAGCGAAGAACUUACACAAGCUAUUCGCGAUGUAUUUGGAGCAAGUGCAAAUGAAAUCGUUACAGAAAUCGGCCCACCAAUCAUCAAAGCUAUCACCACGGAAGUGGUCAAUACUGUCAAUGAUUUCUUCCAUCUAACACCUAUCGACGAACUCGUACUUAACUAA